CCCAUUCGGAUUGCCAGCGGUCUUCUGGUUUGGAUUUUGCUGGAAUGUGGAGAGCGGGCUUUAGGCUGAUGCCCGAAACAGGUGCAGGAGCAGAAAUGGUAGCGGGCGGCGGGGAAACCCUGUGCAAGUGCGUUCCCUAGUCCAGUGAUCUCCAAAUACUGAAGUGGCUCGAUCUUCUUUCUUGUCGUGUACAACUCUUCAGCGAGCUGUUGUCCACAGGAAAAAAAAGGGAAUUACAGACCCAUCCUCUCUAUCUUCAUCACCCUCCCUUUCUCCAGUGACAGUGUAUAAAUCACCUGAGCUUCUGCCACCUGAGUCUCUCCUCCACUCAUUGUACUGGGAAAAAGAAAAAAAGGAUCCUGUUGAAAAUCACAGGUACAACUAGCAGUUGGGAGCUGUCUGUGGUGCUGAAGCUUUCCAGACGCCUUCUUUAUCCAACCCGGGAACUAUUGGUAUUUUAUAUUUUCCAACACGUCCCUUCUGUUUUUCCAUGCUUUGGAUACUCCUGCUUUCAGUAAUGUAAAUAACUGUUUAGAACAUGGCCCACGUGAAAUAUUUUCGAAUAACCGCUUCGGGAUUUUACUUCUGGGAAGCAGCUGUGUUACUCAGUUUGGUUGCCACAAAGGAGACAGACAGUGCAAGAUCACGUAGCACACCAAUGUCACCAUCUGAUUUUUUGGAUAAACUAAUGGGCAGGACAUCAGGCUAUGAUGCAAGGAUCAGACCCAAUUUUAAAGGCCCUCCAGUUAAUGUCACAUGCAACAUAUUCAUAAACAGCUUCGGAUCCAUUGCCGAGACAACCAUGGAUUACAGAGUGAACAUCUUCCUCCGUCAGAAGUGGAAUGAUCCUCGCCUUGCAUAUAGCGAAUACCCCGAUGAUUCCCUAGACUUAGAUCCCUCCAUGUUGGAUUCCAUUUGGAAACCUGAUCUUUUCUUUGCUAAUGAAAAAGGUGCCAACUUUCAUGAGGUUACAACAGACAACAAAUUGCUAAGAAUUUUCAAAAACGGCAAUGUGCUAUAUUCAAUCAGAUUGACAUUAAUACUCUCCUGUCCAAUGGAUCUCAAAAAUUUUCCUAUGGAUGUACAAACCUGUAUAAUGCAACUAGAAAGCUUUGGAUAUACCAUGAAUGAUCUCAUCUUUCAAUGGCAAGAUGAGGCACCUGUACAAGUAGCAGAGGGACUCACUUUGCCCCAGUUUGUUUUAAAAGAAGAGAAAGACUUACGGUACUGCACCAAACACUACAAUACAGGAAAGUUCACAUGUAUAGAAGUCCGUUUCCACCUCGAACGACAGAUGGGCUACUACCUGAUCCAGAUGUACAUACCUAGUCUCCUGAUUGUUAUACUGUCCUGGGUUUCAUUUUGGAUUAACAUGGAUGCAGCUCCAGCCAGGGUAGCUUUGGGGAUAACAACCGUGCUGACUAUGACCACACAAAGCUCAGGAUCCAGAGCUUCCCUCCCGAAGGUCUCUUAUGUUAAAGCCAUAGACAUCUGGAUGGCAGUGUGUCUCCUCUUUGUAUUCUCAGCCCUCCUGGAGUAUGCUGCUGUCAACUUUGUAUCAAGACAACACAAGGAACUAUUGCGAUUUCGUCGGAAACGAAAGAAGAACAAGACAGAAGCUUUUGCAUUGGAGAAGUUUUACCGUUUCUCAGACACGGAUGAUGAGGUAAGGGAAAGUCGGUUCAGUUUUACAGCCUAUGGAAUGGGACCAUGUCUGCAAGCAAAAGAUGGCGUAACCCCCAAGGGGCCAAACAAUCCUGUUCAGAUAACACCAAAAAACUCCGAUGAAAUGAGGAAGGUAUUUAUUGACAGAGCCAAAAAGAUUGACACCAUUUCCCGAGCCUGCUUCCCAUUAGCCUUUUUGAUUUUCAACAUUUUUUAUUGGGUUAUCUACAAAAUUCUUAGGCAUGAGGAUAUUCAUCAGCAGCAAGACUAAGGCCACAGAGGCACCAAGGCUUAGUUGUUCCAUUUAGCAGAAAGCAACUCUGUUAUAUAUGUGGUGUAUGUGCGUGUAUGUGUGUGUGUGUGUAUACAUGCACAUGAGCCUGCACAGGUGUGUGUGUGUGUGUGUGUGUGUGUGUGUGUGUGUGUGUGUGUGUGCAUGCAGCUGAUGACAGGUGUUUUAAAGAGACAUAGGAAAAAGAGGUUCUAUUUUGACUUGCUAUGCAGAGUCAUAAUCAGACAGAUGAAUGAAGAUGAGUAUAUGCUGUGAUCAACUUUCUAUUUCAUACUAAUUAAAAGUGACCAAUUUUUCAUAGUAAAUCAUAUUAUAUAUCAAAGUUUUACUGCCAAUGUGUUUUAUGGCAUAACUUAUUACAUAGUGGUAGUAACGUACACCACUUUGGGAGUUCCUAUGAUUUUUUAAAAAUUCAGUGUUAUUUCCUAUUAAAGUUGGUUUAAAACAGCCCACCUGAGUCUAAGUAGUACCUGCUUAGAAUACUUUUUUAAGGAAAAAAAACAGAAAAGAGUAAGAAAUCAACAGUUUAUCCCUAAAAGCUAUUUUCUUAAACUGUGUCUCCCUGUCACCUAAAUCAUUGCUUAAUUCAAUAGGAUAUAUCAGACAAACUCUGGUUUUGGUGUUGGGACACAGCUAAUAGCUCUGAAGGAGAUGAACAAAUUUUCUAAUCCAGAAAAUAUUCAAUUUGAAAAAAUAAUUUAGUGUUAUGAAAUUUUUCAUAACCAAGUCAUAUCUCCUGGUAACUAUUCAUAAAUGGCCCAGGAGGCCAUUCAGUUAACAAAAUACCCUUCUUAGCCUUUAUUAUUCUCUUUGAAUUACAGUCAGUUCAAUAGGAACACAUUUUUAAAGAAUUGUUAUGCCUGUGUAUUUUUAAUUAUUCACAAAUAAUGUUUGAUAAAUGUAAGGGAGAUUUUUUAGGCUUUGGUAGUUAUUUAAUUUUACUCAUGUGAUUGUGGUUAAUAAUUUUUAUUGUAACUUAAGAUGAAACAUUCAGUAUUCAGUGAAAUAGUCACAUUUUAAUAUAGCAUGGGGGGAUGAAAAGGUGAAAGAAAGUAUUUUAAAAACUAAGGCUGGAAAUUGAAUUGGUGAAAUUGAAAUGGAAUUAUAGAUGAAUGUUGGAACACAUUUUCCUAUGCUAUUUACAUAAGUUUUUAAAUGAAUCAAGUUUAAAAGGACAAUGUAAUUUGUUAUAUAAGUGUGCUGCAGAUUGAGUCUCUUUUCCCAAAAGCAUGUGAUUGUUUUAGUUUUACUUUUACAAAUUUAAGGGAUGCCUUAAAUGUUGAGCACAAUUCUUCCAAUGCACAAGAUACUUUCUUGGAAGUCUUCACAAUGUCACCAAGUUAAAAUGGAACUCAACAUUUUAGUUCCAAUUAUUUGUUUGCUCCUUAGGGCUGUUUGAACCCAAACCAGAAGUUUUACUACGACAGAAUAAGUGCAAUUGUCAGUUGAUACUGUUUGUGGCAAAUCAAAAGUCCCAAAUCUAACUACUCAAAUUCCAUAUAGACAGUACAAAUGAAAUAGAAUUUAGGAUUCUGGUUUGAUUUGAUUGCUUCCUCCAUUAAAUUGUCCUGGAUUAACUACUGUUUCUAUAAAAGCAACACAAAUUAUUUCAACUAAUUACUGUACACAUUCACCCAAUGGGACACCAGAGGACAAAUUACUUCCAUAGACUCAUUUCUGUAUUGGGAGAGUUAAGACCAAGGUAGAAAAUCUAGCGAAAGGCUGUUCUUGAACUCAUCAUCUGACAGUCUGAUGCUCUGAUCUUUGUACACUGCCAAACUGAAAGCUAGAACUGCCAUCUAAAGCAAAACUUGUUUCUUAAUUUAAAGGGUCACAGUAGUUGCUGUGGUUGGGCCCUUUCAGCAAUUAACUGCACUAUGUUCUAAUUAUAUAUUGCUUUUAAUAAUCCCUUUUUUAAAGCGUGGCCACUUUAACUGCUCAAAUUUCUCUUGUGAGAUGUUUCAAACACAAGUUGCUUGUUAUCUUGACAUUAUAGACAAACACUGCAGCUAAAACAGCUUGUUACUAUAAACUUUCCUUAUUUUUGAAAAAUGUGUAUCCAAAAGCAAAAGAGUGUUUGAGGCAAACAUAUGCUGCGUUGCUAGCAGCCCAGUUCAUGUGAACCAAACCUUGGCAACAUAUUUUACUGAAAACAAGAGCCUAGAGAACACGUGUGUGUGUGUGUGUGUGUGUGUGUGUGUGUGUGUGUGUGUGUGUUUAAGGUUUAGCUAGAGGGGGCAGUGAAAAGGAUGACUAGUCCAAAAUGUCCCUGAAAAACAGUUUGUAUGCAAUUUCUGUCCUUUAACAUAUCAUACAUCAGUAUUUCCCACUAAUUACUAAUAUGUGUUGUCUUAUUCCCAAGCAAACAAAUAUGUGUUAAGUAUAUAGAAUGUGGAUAUGCAUAGUCAUGUUGCAUUUCAGCUACUAAAAUCUACUCCAGAUAUCAGCUGUUUCUAUAUUAGAGGAUGAAGCAUGAAUGACUCUGGUGAAAUAAUUGCUCUUAAACAAGUUCAAGCAAGAGUGGUUUUGAAUCUUGUUCAUACUUGUUUCUAUAUCAGUGUGUACACAUUUUCCCUCUGAAAGUAAUAAGAAAUUACUCCAAUAUAAACAUUGCUGACUAUGCUGUCAGAUUAGAAAAUUGCACCUGGAUGUAAUAUAGAUAUAUAGAUAUAUAGAUAUAUAGAAAUUUUUCAUUGACUUUCAUCGGAUCUUUUUUAAAUGAUCAAAUAUAAUUGCAUUUUAACCUAAAAGGGAAGAUCUUACUAAAUAAGCCUUUCAGAAAUCAACCAGUAUUUCAGUUCAAAAUGAAUCUACAUAAAAACUAUAGCUGUUGUGAGUCAAGAUGUUUAUAUAAAUGAACUCUCCAGAAAACAUCAUGAGGAGGUAAGAAGCUAACCAGACAAUUGAACAGCCACAUGACUUUAAUUCUACAAAUACAGCCUGUAUUUAUGUGUGUAUAGUGCAUAUUUAUAUAUAAUAUAUAUGUUUAUGUACAAACACACACAGUCCAUGCAUCUAAAAUAGGUAAAACACACACAUACAUAUAAAAUCUAAGAUAUAAGCAAAAAUAUGAAAAUAUACUAGCUCAUCCUCCCUAGAUUAUUGAGUAUCUUAUCAGUCUAGGAUAUAGCAUCAACUCAUUCCCCUCACCCUCAAGAAAAUACUCAAAACACUCAACCUAAAGGACCUUUAUUAGGACCACUAGGUGUUUGUAAAUAUGUCCCGAUAUUCUCAUUCCACAUCUAGGCUUUUUUAGUACAAUUAUUGGUCCACCCAAGUGUUCCAUCCAGAUGAUCACAAUGGUGAGUUCCCAAUCCUCCCAAUUCUUAAUAGGUGCCAAAUCCAUCAUAUCCUUUUCAAUUCUACCUAUUCACUUCAUAGAUUUCUGACCAAGCUCAAGUAUAGAAUUCCCAGGAUUCCAUGUUUGGGUAUUUCCAUUUUUUAACAACCUGGCUACGCAAUUUGGGUGAAUGAAUCUUCAUCAUUCUAAAAUAUAUUAAGGUUCAUGGAGCCAAUUGGUGUAAUUAAUAAAGAGCUGGCCUCAAAACUAGAAAGACCUGGGUCCAAGUCUGUGCUCUGACACAUGCUGGAAGGGUGACUCUGGCUGAAUCAUCUAUUCUCUCAAUGCUAUAGGUAACUCUAGCUCUAAGUGGCUGAGAUGGUGCUGACUUGUAUUGGUACAGAGCAAUCCCUCACCCAGGAUCCUUAAACUCUUGAAAUCAGAGGUCCAGUCCUAAUCUUCUACAGCUAUUGAUAUUCUAAGAGAAGACUGAAGGAAAGAGGAAAGGCAUAACUAAAACUGACAAGCUGAUUUAAAUGGCAGUUGCUAUAUUAACCUUUGCCAUCUACAAGUAGUUUUUGUUCUAAGGAGAAAAAAGUUAUCUUUAUUUAGCUGCAUUUUUCUUUAAAAAUAAAAUAUAUCCCUUUCAUUUCUUCUCCCUCUCAAUUUCCUCUCCCCUUUUCAGCUUUCCUUUCCCAGAAUUGAGGUGUCCUCUUAGUACCACUUUCUUAAAGACUAAGAACUAUCCAUCUUCAACGUCCGCACAGUUCAAUUCCCCCAACCAUUUCCCACUUAAAAUAUACUCUUUGCCUAACAUCGACUACUCUCUCCCUAACCUGAUCUGUUCAAGAAUCUAGCCAUUCAGUUUUGUCCACAGAAUACCUAACCCCUUGAAAUUCACCUGUACCCAACAAAACCCCUAGAUUAUAUAACAGAUUCUCAUAAUCGGGGGCUUACAGACACUGUUUAGAUUGCAGAGGAUUUAUAAACUUGGGUGAAAAAAAAUACAUCAUUGUUUUCACUGACUUUUAAUGAAAUUUAGCAUUUUCUUUCAAUUAUUUAAAAACAUUAUUCUUAGAUGAGAUCCAUAGACUACCAAAAGGGUCUUAGUCCAAAAAAAGGUUAAGAAUCUCUUAUUUAGUAGAAUAGACAUGAAUUGUAAAGUAGUUACAUUAGAGAGGUAGAAGGUAGGCAAUCCUAAAUCAGAGGAAAAUCCAUUUUGUUGUGUCAAUAUACAUACAUAUGCAUAUGUUAUUAUAUAUGUCUGUGAUAUGUUUUAUAUGUGUUAUAUAUAUACACCUAUCUAUUAACAUAUAUAAUGUUAGCCUUGAAAGCAAUCAUUUUGCAACCAGGGUUUCUAACUUCUAAAAUAUGUUUCUUAUACUUCACAGUACAGAUGGUAACAUAUACUUUCUAAAUUGAUCAUCUGCUUUAGCCAGAGAAGGAGAAUGAAAUAGGUCCACACCAAUAAAUGCAUAGUACAAAAUGUCUGUGGAAUAGAUUUAAAAGAAGAGUGGUACCUCCCCCCCCUUCAAGGAGCUGACAAGGAAGCCAAAGCUAACUCAUAUACAACAGGGAUUUGUUGGCAAGUAAAAGCACAUCUAAUUUUACUAAGCACAUUUGUUUAUAUUCCCUAAUUUUGAAGAGAGAAAUAACCAUUUGCUUCUUGCUUUGGGAAUAUGUGCACUUCACCAGAUUAGGUUACUGCCUAAACUGUGGGAUUUUGGACUGUAGCAAUGCUUUUAGUAAAUGGAGCUGAAACGAAAUAUUACAGUAAAUAAUCACCACACAUCUUCCAAGUUUCUCAAGGUAAUUCAGUGCAGGUGAAAAGUUAAAGCAGUCAAAAGUUGAUUAAAUCCAAUGCAAUUUUAAAAUGGACCCAACAUCAAAAAAUUUCCCCACUACUAUAGUCUACACAAGCCAACACAAAGUACAAUAAUGGCGAGAGAUUCUUUGGACAAUGCUAUAGACUCGUUGAUUCAUAAAAUAUUGGAGCAUGAAGGGCCAUCACUUUUAUCCUAUUUUUCUGUGACGUUACUGCUAGACAUAAAUAUCAAUGGAGAGCAGAAUUAAGGAUGCUAAUAAUAACAGCCAUACUUUAUGUUUUGAAGCUCCCAACCUAAUUCAAUUAGCAUUCUUCUCAGUGCCAAAAAUCACCUUCAGAUAUUCAAUGCAUUUCUUUAGAAGCAAAGAACUGAGUGUAAUAUCACAGUAAUGUUGGCUCACUGGAACAGUUUUAACCAAAUAAAUACAUUUACUGCAUAGUCCUAAUGUUAAGUACAAAAAACAACUUUGCACAUGUGAGAAAUUUCUGAGAUACAAUCGCAAUUGUCUUUUGAAUAUAGAAAAGAAUGAUCAGUUCUACUGAAUUGUCCUUUAUAGGAAACAACUACCAUAACGAAACACUGGCUACAAAUGGCAAACAAAAUUUCCAAAGAACCCAUAAGUAAUAAUACAUUUGAAUGUACAAAUCAGGCCUUUAACAGAUAAAUUGACCUUAAUACUAAAUCCCUUUCUUACCUAUUUGAGAGGGAGCCUAAUCAAUUGUGUGUGUGUGUGUGUGUGUGUGUGUGUGUGUGUGUGUGUCUUGCUGGGGGGGUGGGUUAUGUUGGUAUUGCAAAGGAUAAGGAAAGAAAGCAGAUAAUUCCAUAUUAUUCUCAAGUAUGUUGGACCUUUUUAAUCACUGGCCUUGCCAAACUCUUAAGGAUUGCAUUUAGAAAAGCCAUAGAUUUUAGGAUUUUAAAGUUCGAAGGGUCCUCCUAAGAAAUUAUCCAUAUUGUUUCUACCUUGACAUACUUAAAUUUGAGGCACAUACAUACAAAAUUGAGCUACAUUUUGUAUGUUAAGCAGAGGCAUAGAUUCCAGAGGUGCCAAAAACAAUUUUGGAAGGAAUGAUUCCCUAAGGUUGAGGAAAUGUCAUGGGUAGCAAAACUUCUCCCAGAGACUAGAGGAGGGCAUUGUAUAUUCCAAGACUGGACAAAGGAGAUAGAACUCCCUAAUGACAAGCCAGGGAUUUUCCCUAAAAAACAAAAAAGUGUGAAUUUGUUGUCAUGGUAUUUUAGAGUGAUAGAUUGUCCUAUGUCAAUGUGACUCAGGAAAUCAAAAGGCUAAUUUCAAAAUGGAAACAAAGUCAUAUUUCAAGUAUAAGGGUCCUUAGUUCUUCUGAGUAGUAGUAUAACAAUUUUGGCAUGUGUCAGUGGAUUUGACAAAUUCUUUCUCAUGAAAGUAUAAUGCUUGGUGUCUAAAAUGCAGUAAUAAAGUUAAAAUAAGUAAGCCACUUGUCAAAAUCUAUUUGCUACAGAAUAGCAAAAUAUUAUACUAGAUCUCUUUCCAAAAAGUGACCAAAUAUUUGUCAGAUCUCAAUGAUGAGCAAUGUUAUUGAAAAGUUUCCUAGUGUUUUAACAAGAAGUCUUUUCAUUAUUUCUUAUAAUUCUCAAGUGGUUAAAAUAAAAAUGGAAAUAUACAUCUUGUUUGAUGCACAGCAUUUGAACCUAGUCUCAAGGAACACUCAUAAUGUUCAUCAGCUAAGUGGAUUUCAAGAAUUUAUCAUUUUUUUUUGCUUUUGCCAUUUUUUCUCAAUUUCUUUCUUCAAUUUCCCUUAAGCAUUUCUAGAAUUAGAAUAAGAUAGUUGGAAAGAAACAUCUAUUACAUCUCUUCUAGUGCAACAUUUGGUCCUGUGCAGCCCAGAAUAUAGGAAGCUCCUACUUGCAUACUUCUGGUUAAGAGAACUUAUCCUUCAGUCAUUGUUGAAUAGCUCCAAUUAUUUUAUUAAGUGUUUCCUUAAAUUGAAACCAAAUGUGUGGCCCUUCUACUGACUGUUCUUCCCUCUAGAGCCAAAUAGAAUAUGUCUAUUCCAUUUUGCACAAUGUAAGCCCUUCAUGUAUUUUCUCCUAACAUAAAAAUCCAUGUGUUCUCUCUUGAUCCUGAACCAUGAGUUUAAUUUCUAGAUAAACCAUUUAUAAAUGCACUUUAGUCUUGAUGGAUAAAGAGAUGCUUCAAUUUAGUAAUAGGGUGAAAUACCAAAUUAGUAUGCUACAAAGACAAAUCAAAAUUUAUGAAAAUUGUCCAUAUGAUAUAUGCAGUAAAAUUAAAAAGAAACAUGUCUUCCUUAACCUUCAACCAUAUUUAGCAAUAAUUUUUGUUACAUUUACAAGAUUCAGUUGAGGAAUAUAUGGGGAGGGGUGGCAAUAUUAAAUGAUCCCAUGUGGCUAAUUAGAUAGGCAAGAAACCAUACCAAGCCCAAAAGACUUUUUAUCUUUUCUUUUCAGUAAAGAUAUGAUGAAAUAUAAUUGACACAUUAAGUUGUUUUUAUAGUAACAGCUGGUCUUUCUUUAGGGUUGAUUUUAGCAAAGGUGCCUUCAGGCGACCCACAUCUUUAAUGUUAGAAACAUAUCAGCUCUAAUGGCUUAUGAUUGCAGAUGAGAAUGUUAGAAGCUGUGGGUUAAAUGCCAGGGAAAAAUAUAUGUAUAUAUAAAGAUUUGGAUGUAUUGUAUUUUUGACAUGCUUGAAUAUGAUUGCACUCUUUCACUUUCAUCUCUGUGAAAUAUGCAAGUUGCCGUCUUUGAGUUUUUAUGUAACUUACAGUAGAGUGGUGAUCCUGGGGGGGGGGGGGGGAGGAGGGAAUGGGCUCAAGUAUUGACAUUCUACAUUCCAUGGAUGUAUACUAGUGUGUCCUGUCAAAAAACAAACAAAAACAAAAAGAAAUGUGCCAUAAGCUUUCAAUAUAAGAUUUUAACAUCAAACGGUGACUUCUGUGAUAGUGAAAACAAAUGUUUAAAAGACCACCAAAAACAGUAUUACUAUGAUAGUGUGUAAAUUACCUGUCUGUAGUUUUAUAAAGUGUCUUCCUGAUUCGUGUCCUGAUGCUAAGUGGCAUAUUUCAUCAGGAAGAUUUCAUUUUCUUAAAAUUAUAUUAAAAUGUCAUGCAUGAAUUUGAUCAAAUUGCUAUUGGUUGUAUUAUCUAUUUUUCAGCACUACAACUAACCAGCUCUAGUCAGAGUUGUUAACCUUUGUGCAAUUUAUGCCAUUCGUGUAACUGUAGAGACUUUAAUCAAAUGGAAUAAAGAAAUCUUUUUUUUCCAGAAUA